AUGGCUAAUGAUGAGUGGCGAGCUCACUAUCCUGCAUCUGAGGUUGAAUAUCUGGAAAUGAUCGAAUCUGAUCAUCGACCCUCAAUCAUCAAAAUUAGACGCACAACCGACAGAGGAAUCAGGCCUUUCCAGUUUGAUACUAGACUUUGCCAAAGACCGGAGUUGUCAGCGGUGAUCGAAUCAUCUUGGAAUAGCAACAGAUUAGGCCAUCGACUAACCAUAUUGGAUAGGAUAAAGAAUUGUCGUAGCAACAUUUCAGCCUGGAAGCGACAAAACAACACCAAUUCUGCUCUACGGAUCAAGGAAUUGAUAAAGAUUAUUGAUCGAGCUCACAGUGAUGGAAACACAACAACUGAACACAUACAUGAGCUGCAACAAGAUCUUCUCCAGGCGUAUAGAGAUGAGGAAAAAUAUUGGCAACUCAAAAGUAGAUGUCAAUGGAUGAACGAGGGUGACCGCAACACUAAGUUCUUCAACGCCUUUGUGAAAAAUAGAAUUGCCAGGAAUAGACUGAAAUCGAUAAAGGACCACCAAGGAGCUGAUUUAUAUGGGAAUAAAGAGAUAGCAGUUGAAGCAGAGCGAUUUUUUGGUGAGCUAUUCUCCAAACCAGGACAAUCUGAUCUCAACGAGCUCUACGCAACAUUAAGCCAGUAG